GGUGGAGGGACUCACGUGGCAUUGAUUCUAUAAUCGCCUCGGUAAAGGCUGCUUGAUAUAAUUCCUCGGUGGAGAGUAGGUUUACAUAGCUGUAUUGUUCAAUUUCCAUUCAUCAGGCGGAUCCGUCCUUCACUUGCGCCGUGAAAAGAACAAGAUUCAAAAAUAUGAGCGCCUUGCGUCUUGGUCUGAACUGUAGUCAUCGAGCUGCCAGAUCAUGUUGCUUUUUAGCUGCCCCGCGCAUCUCUCAAGUUAGUCGAAGGCUAUUCUCAGCUCAGCCAAGCCUCCAUGUCGCAUCGCCCACAUCAAAGCAGACACGUGUCCCACAGGAUGCAAAAUCCUCGUCCAGCCCUGAGAUCAUAUCCCAUGACACUCAGGCCAUAAAGAUCAACGGUGUACCUUAUCCUCCAUUGUUCCUACGCGAUUCCUGUGGCUGCCACACAUGCGUUGAUUCUUCCACAAAGCAAAAGAACUUUCAAACUUCCGACAUUCCUCAUGAUGUCAAAGCUACCUCUAUCACACAGGGUGAAAACGGAGAUUUUACAAUAUCUUGGGAAAACGACAUUCCAGGUUACGGACCAGACCAUGUUUCGUCGUUUUCUAAGAAGUUCUUUGAGACCCAUUCUUCAUUCGAGGCUUAUCAUUCCGAUCGUCAAAAUGAUGUGAAACCUAUCAGAUGGGACUCGAAAACCAUUGCUAAGAAGCUGCAAUAUGUGAGUUUUGAUGACUACAUCAACAGUGAAGAAGGAUUAUUUAGAGCUUUAAUCAUGCUUCGGGAUUACGGGCUGCUCAUACUCAGAGAUGUGCCAGAGUCAGAAACAUCAGUUGUUGAUAUUGCAAAGCGGAUUGGCAAUCUUCGGGACACUUUCUAUGGAGUUACCUGGGACGUCAAGUCUGUUCCUCAACCUAAAAAUGUAGCAUAUACUUCUCAAUACCUGGGUUUACACAUGGAUCUUCUCUAUAUGGCUAAUCCCCCGGGAUUCCAAUUUCUUCACUGCCUGCGAAAUACCUGCUCAGGUGGCUCAUCCAUCUUUUCUGAUGCUUUCCACGCUGCCAGACAACUCGAUAGAGACAAUUACAUACAAUUGUGCACUAAGAAGGUCGGCUACCAUUAUCGCAAUGCUGGAGAGCAUUAUCACUUUAAACAUCCUGUGAUAUCGAUACACUCCAAGAAGGGUGGUGACGCUUCAUCCCCUAGUGACAACAAUAUUCAAUACAUCAAUUAUUCGCCGCCAUUUCAAGCGACAUUCGACAAGCCAUUUGGCUCCUUGCCUAUAGCUAGAGCAUUAAGGCAAUUUGCAUCCCGAGUAGAGGCACCUGAAAACAUGUAUGAAUACAGACUACAAGAGGGAGAAUGUGUCAUUUUCAACAAUCGGAGGGUACUUCAUGGCAGAAAAGAAUUCGAUACAUCAGCUGGGGAAAGAUGGUUUAAGGGAGCUUAUAUCGACACUGACGUCUUCAGGAGUCGUUAUCGAGUUUUGGCCGAAAAGUAUCAGAAUAAGGAUCAAUCGUUUCUACGUACUCAUGCUAGACAUAUUUGCUGGGACGUCAAGAACGUUGAGACUGGCAGAAUGGAAAGCGAUCCACAUAAAGUUUGGGAGAGAAGUAGAGAUCUUCCACAAACUAAGGCGUAUGCGAACAUUAUCUAGUGACAUUCGAAACUCCUCGAGAUGCCCAAAAGAUUCUGCAGUGCAGUCGCUUAAAGAGGAGCACUUGCCAUUCGAGUUAUUAUGUUUUUGUUAGGAACUUGUUCUCGAAAUCACUUGGAAUGUGGAGUUCACUUAGGAUACUGAAUUAUGUUCAAUGAUUCAGAAUCCAAUUUUAGAAGAGAUCUGCAGAUUUGGAAUGCGAUUCGGGUUACUAAAAUGCCCAAUUGGGAGUUGAGAGCAUCAAUUUCCCGAGUUGUAUGUCGUAUGUCCGCAUCUGCACCCGCAUCCUCAUUCUAUCAAGUCUUUAGUAUACCCCAAAAACCAAAAUUUAUCCUCUCAUCAUGCACAUUUUUAGAGUUUUCCAAAUUUUUAUGUUAUUGCAGACUGUCAUGGAUAUCUUUACCAACCGGUUUCCGGCAAGACACACCGCAUUGUUGGUGAAGCAUUGAAAUUUGUUGCUCUGAUAAGUUUUGUAUCUGUAGUACCUACUUCGAUCAAAAUCCAUUGCAUCAUCUCCUGUCAAUACACCAUCUUCCUUCAGUAUCCUGCCCCCCCCCCAAAAUGACCCGCAUUUUCCCACUGCUCUACCUGCUUUUGGUACGUAAUGAUUACUUCUUUGCAGUGUUCUAUAUUGUCUAUCGAAAUGUAGUUUUUAUCUCGUUUUUUAUCACCAACAUACAAACUCUGUUGUUAUAAUUUAUCACUUGUAUUUUUUUGACGCUACA